UUUUCGUGUUUUUUUAUUUACAAUUAAAUUAAAUUUUCAGUGAUAGUUUCAAAAUUUUUGUAUUAAAUCUACAUUUUAAAGUGCUAACUACAAAAUUGUAAAGUGUAAAGAUAGUGCCAACAAAAUGCCUGAACAAAAAGAAACCAAAGAUAAAAGAGUAAAACUCAAUGUUGAAGGCGAAGAUGAAGUCGGCGAAGGCGAGAUGGGCCGUAAAAAGAUGAAGCGGUUCGUGAUGCCCAACGUGCCGAGGUGGUGGCAGCUCAAGGUCAUACAAUAUGCCUUCGCCCACCCGCACGUCCGGGCGCGGCUCGAGAAGCACAUGGGCUCCAACCUGGUGCGGCUGACGGACAAGGCCUACAUGACCGAGCUGGAGGACCGCAUCCGCGCAGUCAACGAGGAGAACCUCAACAAGAGGAUCUCCUCCCGAGUCCUCGACGAAAUGGAGCGGCUAAAACGGCUCAUCCUCGUCGGGAAGACUCCACUGAAGGAGUGCCCUCCUGAGCUCUACAACCACCCCGUCUUCGUGUUUUGGAGGAUGGUCAACAAGGAGGUCCAGAUUGCGUCGAAGAAACGGGCCGAUGCGUUCUAUUACAGAAAACUGAAGGCGUCGCAAAAGACUAAUCAGACUGCCGACGAAGACGUGGAAGCGGUGGAGGAAGAAACAGAAAGCGAGCAACUGACGCCCCAGCAACUGCUGGACAAGGUCAACGAGGAGCUGGAGCUACAGAAAGCAGCCGACAUCGAGAAGGGCGUCCGUUUCACCGACGAGCAGUUUGCGCUCAUCAAGUAUGAGACGCAGGAUGUUAAGACUCUCAAAACUCUUACGACCGUGGAAGAGCUGUACGCAUUGGCCGACAAGAUUAUUGGAACAAAACGCAUUUGAGCUAUUAUGUAAAA